AUGCCAAUUGGCAUGAGCCCCUUUCGGUUAGUUUAUGGAAAAACUUGCCACUUAUCGGUGGAAAUAGAGCAUAAAGCAUAUUGGGCCAUCAAUGAGUGCAAUUCAAGUUUGGGAGGGGCCGAAAUUGAGAGAAAGCUACAACUAGUAGAAUUGGAAUGUUUGUGGUUAAAAGCUUAUGAGAACUCAAGACUUUACAAGGAACGAAUGAAAGCCGUGCAUGAUAAGACCAUAAGAGGAAAAGAAUUUAGAGCCGGCGACCUAGUCCUCCUCUACAAUUCAAGAUUGAAAUUGAUGCCCGAAAAGCUAAGGUCAAGGUGGGAAGGACCUUAUAUAGUAGAAAAGGCGGAGCCAUACAGAGUCUAUCACAUGUGCCACCCUUCAAGCUCCGACAUUUUCAAGGCUAAUGGGCAACAUCUAAAGUUCUAUCUUGGUGAAAAGAAGAAAAGCAACAAGGAGAUGGAGGUGUUCCUUUUGGAAGAUGCACCUAAUGGCAAAGAGAAUUGA